CGUCCGAGCCUCCUCCCCAGUAUCGAGCAAGGAUACCUAACUAUACCCAGCAGAAUCUUCUCAGCUACCUCUGCGAGCCGUCACGACUCUUGCCGGUGUGACGUCUGGUGUAGGACUCUUGCUUCGGAUCUGCAUCUGAGGCGUGUUUCAGGCCGGACGUGCGCAAGGUACGUGUGUCUGCUGUUAUUGCACACCCACAACCAAAUCUAUCUGGCCUAUCGACGAGCGUUCCGUUCAUCAUGUCCUUUCCACCUCCUCCAGGUCUCCAACAGCCCCCUCGUCCCUCCUCCGCCCAGCCACAGCCUCACAGUUCGCUUCCUCCACGACCCCCUUCCAACCCCUAUACGGCUCCCGGUACUUCUGGGCCGUCUAGCAACGCGCAGAGACCCCAGAGCCACAAUGCAUUCACGCGCUUUCAACCACGGUCUGUAGCUGCCUCCCAGCCCUACCGUCCCCAUAGUCCUGCCACCGCUGCUCCUUAUAGCUCCAGUGGCAGCUAUCCAGCGCAAAUCGCAUCAUACAACCCCAGCUAUCAGUACUCUCAGACACAAUAUCAACAAUCGCCACAGCUAUAUCAGCAGCAGACGAGCACCUAUUACCGCCAGCAGCAUCAGCAGCAUCAGCAACAGCAGUACGGGGGUAGCAACUACGGUCAGUCUUCUGUCUCCCAGAGAAACCAGUAUCCAGGACAAGAUCAGGGUCCCUAUGGCUAUGGGUCUGGAGGAAGAGGCGUUGGUCGCCAUGGCGAUACAACCAUGGAUCCAGAGACCGAAGCCCAAAUCGCUCAAUGGCAGAGCGCAUACAUGAGCAAGGAUGAGAGUAAUCAAAUAGCUGCUAGUAACGGUAAGGCCGGGUUAGGGCGCAGAGAUGAUGCCUCAUCGGCCACUGGAGCCAAUACAGGCCCUCUAGGCAACAUUCAGCGACUUCAAGAUGGCUCGACGGCCUCCACCCCUCCCAGUGUCGCCCAGACGACUUCCACUACACCUAUUCCCGGUCAACCCAAUGCUCCCAACCAACCGGGACCUGGGAAAACCGUUAUGCGUUCCGGUGGCGGACAGACGUGGACAGAUUCCACUUUACUCGAAUGGGACCCGGCUCACUUUCGUCUUUUCUGCGGAAACCUUGCUGGUGAGGUAACGGACGAUUCCCUUCUCAAAGCAUUCUCCAAGUAUCCCUCGGUCCAGAAAGCACGUGUCAUCCGAGACAAGAGAACGGAGAAGAGCAAAGGAUACGGAUUCGUUAGCUUUAGUGACGGCGAAGACUACUUUCGAGCUGCGAGAGAGAUGCAGGGCAAAUACAUAGGUUCGCAUCCGGUGCUGUUGAGACGAGCGAUGACGGAAAUCAGACCCGUGGUGGUUGGGAAAGGUGGCGCAAAGGGUCAUAAAAAAGGAGGCAAUGCCUCCGGGAGUGGAGCAGGCGGUGGUAAGGCUUCGAAGGCAGGCGGUAAAGCCCCUGACGGUGGUAUACAGAAGAAGCAAGCAAAGACAAAAGGCGGACUAAGGGUACUCGGGUGAUAACGAUUAGAGAAAUGGUUUGGUUGAUAUACCGAAAAUAUGCUGGCUGGCGUUGAUAUCCCUGAAAAUUCGAGCAGCUGUUGCGUUGACCACUGGCAUCUGCCCAAUAAUGAACAACUGAUGAGUGUACAUCUUGGGGUGUAUCCGCCUUAAGACAAGUCAUGUAACUAUCGUCCAUGAAAAACUUCCCGUACCCCAAUAAAUGCAAUUGAUGGGUAGCAGCCCUCGUCAGUUUAACUAUAGACUGGAAGGUAGGGUCACUGAUCAGCCGAAACCCUUACGUAGUGCAUUAUGGAUUCUCAGGAACGUGAAGCUGUAUGGAAACGCGGGAGUGUAUAUUAGCAAAUCAUAUAUAUA